AUGAAUUUGGCCUACAAGAUUUUUCAAAAUGCACUAGGUGUAAGAGGACAGUCACAAAUGCCCAAGCAUGCUUAAAUUUGCGAUUAAAAUUUAAAACUAACAUAGCUUGAUGAGGACACCCAGAAAAUAUUAGAUUAAUUGCAAUUCGAAGGGUGUAUAUUCAAAGAUUGCGAAUUAAGUCAAUAAUCACUUACUCAUAAAGAUUUGCUCAAUCAUUAUCAACUUGAAUGCAAGAUAAUAGAUGUAAUAUGUCCUUUAGGAUGUGGAAUGUAUUUCAAGAGGUAAGACAGAAUGGAACACAUUGGAAUGUGUAUAUACAUUAAAUACUCAUGCAGAGAUUGCGGAAUUCAAAUGAAUGUUAAAGAAUAUGAUCCAAAUACUCAUAGCUGCUUUCCAUUUCUUCAUUUAAUGGUAGAGUAGUCUUUUCAAUUGUAUGAGGAUAUCAAAAAAGAUUUUGAGGAUUAUAAGCAAGAAACUGAGGCUAAACAUAAAAAAAUAGUUGGUGAAAACAUUUAAAACGCCUAGUCACCACAAUAUAAAAUGACUUUUAUCCACAAAAACCCAUUAAGAAAAAUGACAUUCAAAUAGAUACGUGAAUUAUACUAGUACAAGCCCAAAAAGUGGUUUUGUGAUGGCUAUCAUUUUGACUAUUGUAGAUACGAUAAAAUGUCGAGAGAUGAAAAAAUCUUAUUUGAUAAAGAUGAGUUUUUUCAUUGCCUCAAAUCACAUAAGAUAUCAAAGAAUAUGAUCUUGAGUCUUAUCAAUGAGGACAUUAAUGUAUUGCCCUUAGAUUUUAGGGAUGCCCCUUAGUCAAUAAGCCUUAAUCAAAUCUUGAUUAAAUACUUUACUUUGACCCUUUAUAGAAUUUCUUUUUAUGCAAAAGAUGCGCUAAUAACUAUGAAGUUCAUCCUUAUGAGUACUUUAAGGAUGGUAAUGAUGAAGAUAUGUCAAAAGUACUUGAUGAAUUAAGAGAUUAAAGAGAGCUAAAAAAAGAUUUAUAAAAAUAAAAAAUCAUUGAAUAUUAUAAAGACUAGCCUAUUCGGACAUUAUAGACCUAAAUUCACUAACAUCAAUUAAAAGUAUUAAGCUUAGCAUAGAUUCAGGAAAUUCAUGGCCCUGGAGAGUAUAAUGGAUAUUGGUGUAAUGGAGGACCAAGUAAUUAUAGCUGUAAAAGUAAUUAAUAAUAGUUUUAGAUGCCAAUAGUAAAUCAAAAAGAAAUAAUUUAUCAUUGCUCUGAUUGUUAUUUUACUUUGUGUGAAGAAUGCAAUUAUAGUUUCGGCUUUUCUCAUCCACAUAAGUUGA